AUUUCUUAAUUGACAAGGCUAAAUUAAAUUUACCUGAAAUUGAGAACACUUAUUUUAGUUCAUUUGAAGAAUUAGAGUUCAUUGGUAAAGGAUUAUAUGGUUAUGUGCGCAAAGUGAGAAAUAAAAGCACCAAUGAUAUAUAUGCCAUUAAAAUGAUUGAACUGACAGAAUUGUAUGACUUAUGGUUGGAGUCCAAAAUCAUUUACAUACGAAUGGAGUAUUCUGAGCAUAAUCUUAGAGAUUGUAUUCAUCAAAAACAACAGGAAUACGGUCGACAAUCGGGUCAUGUCAUGGAUGUGUCCGAUGAUAUAUUGGACAAACGAAGUGUCUGGCAACGUAAAUAUGAUGAUUGCUUUUAUGCGGUCAAGAAAAUAGACUUUCAAGAUGACACAAAUUUAGCGGAAUGUGAAAAAGAAGUGGAGAAAUUGAUAAAAGUUAGCUCAAAAUAUUGUGUCCGAUAUUUUGAACAACUUCACGAAUCCAAUGUAUUUUACAUUCGUAUGGAGUUGUGUUCCGAUAGUCUUAGGAAUAUUCUUAGGCACAAACGACGAGUAUUUGGUCGACAACCGGAUGAACCCAUGAAUUCAAUAGAGUUUUACAUUUCGUGUCAUAUAUUCAAAGAGAUCUUAGAAUGCAUUCAAUAUUUACAUGAAUUGAAUCCUCCGGUCAUUCAUAAAGACAUCCAUACGGGAAACAUAUUACUGGCCCGGGAUGUAAAGAAUGGCAGGUAUUUCAAAGUGGCUGACUUUGGAAUGGCUACUAUUCGCAAGACAAAGUCAAACGUAAGUAACCUGACUCGGGAGGCACCGGAAGUACGUAGGGAUGAGUCAAAUGACCCCAAGAGUGAUGUCUACAGUCUGGCCAUAAUUGCAGAAGAGAUAUUUGACUUUGAUUUGGACGACUUAAUUCGGAAUAGCUCACAGAAGUAUUCAUCAGAUAAUGAAGUGUUAAACAAAUGUGGCGUUCAUUUAAAACAAGUAGUGAAAGAGAUGUUAAACUACGACAACCCGACUGUCAGACCUUCGUGUCGACAAGUGUUAGACAAAUAUAACGAGUGGUGUAUUGAUAGGAAUUGUCUCGAAAAUGAGCCCAUAUUUGGUCCCACAAUAAGACUUAUUAAUCGAAAUGACAACAAACCUCAAGAAUCGUUGGCCGAGAAGUUUGCCGACCAUUUGGGAGCGAUUUCAGCCGUAUCUGUCGCCACAUCCCUGUCCCCUCUGUUACUGAAGUUUGCUUUCGCACCGCUAUUUCUACUCAUAAAACGCAUAUCAAAGCCAUUUAUAAUGAUUGGACUGACCGGGUAUCUAAUGGUGGCAUCCGUACCGUUAAUAUUAGCCAAAUCGGGUAUGACGAGUCCGGUGUUUGAGUCGCGAUCCCAGUCCGAUGGCCUGUUGUCCACAAUCGGUGGCAUAAUGUCUGCCAAUCUGUCGACCAUAGCCUCAGAGGCCAUGACUUUGACUUAA